AUGUCAUUACCAAUUAGUGUAAUAUUGGAAGACGUCGCAUCGAUAGGGUCUUCAGCGAGAUCCAUAAUACCAGCUCUUUCUUCGUUAUAUAACGAUGCUUCUAUUUUGAACAAUAUUACUAAAAGCGAAUCGAAGCAUCUUGCUUCUCGUGCAUUGGCAUUAUCUAGGUCAGCCAAUGAGUAUGAAAAGUGGUGUGGUAACAACUUAAUACGAGUAUUGGCAAAAAAUUUCACUAUGUUGACACAAGAAGGUUCUAAAUUCAUUGGACAGCUCAUUAAAGUCCUUCAGAAUUUAUCAAACACCCAUGAAAUUAAGACUUUUACCUCUGCUGUGGAAAGUUUGAACUUUGUCUGUGACCAGGUAAGGGGUAAGCCAACUUUAAGUAGAGAAAUAUUAACACCCAAUUUGCCUACUAUUAUUGCUUUGUAUCUUGAAAAGCUACAUUGGAAUCCGCUUUUAAAUGUUAGAUCUCUCCUAAAGCUUCUUCGUCAUCAUCCAACUACAUUUAGACCAUACGGAGACAAGCUCAAAGGAAGAUUGAUGCAGCUUAUAAACUCGAUAGAUUUUGAUACGUAUCCGACGAAUUUAAAGGAUGCAAUGUACGAGACAUUAGCAACAUUACCCAUAAUUGAAAAAACAAGUCCAGAAGAUAAGUGGGAAGAAAACAUAAAUGAUAUAUUAAGAGAACUUCAUUCAGUACUAACGAUAUACCAAGAGUUUUUGAAUACUGGAGAAGAUCAGGAUUUAGUCAAGUUAAUGGAAAAGAUACCAAAGUUCAAAGAAAAUCACAAUAGAUCGUUUCCAACUUUAAAAAUAGAUAUUAACCAUCCUGCUUCAUUAUUUCAGAUAUCUUCAAGAGUUGAUGUGUUGCUCGGCAUGCUCAAAUACUCGUUGACAUCUGAGACACAAUACAGUGUUAAAGUUCCAUUGGGAAAUGCAUUGAAUGCUAUCGAGGCUAUAUGCUCCAUGAAUAUUAGAAUCUUGGGAUUUAAAUACGAUAUUCGUGAUGAUUUAGUUAAGCGCAGUAUUAAAACUACAAUAAUCCAGAUGCAAAUGUCAGCAUUAAGAAUAUUGAAGCGUUUAGCAGAUGAAUUCAAGGGGAGUAUGUUGCUUCAUUUUAAUAGGAUAAUAUCUUUCUUGGAGAUUUUAAUUCCAUUUAAAGGAAAGUCUAUUGAUAAAGAACAGAUACUUUCCAAUGAGGCUUUCAGUCGUCUUUUAUUGACAUCUUUGGAAAGUUAUAUGUCCCUUAUUUCCAGCUACAAGGAAUCUUCGCAAAUUGUCAGGUUUGUCGAUGUUGCUCUUACCUUAGUGGAGCCAAGAUUGGGUGGGUUGGAAAUGGAUUCAGACCUGAAAACCAAUUCAGGCAAGGUAAAUAAGAAGAGGAAGAAUCAAGCCUCGAUUCCUCUAUCUGAUUUACUAUCACAUCUGCAUUUGUUCCUGGAAUCAAUACCAAGUGAAACUGUUAGAGUUGUCCGUCGAUUAAUACGUAUAGUAAUUAGGACAGUUCAAUUACCUCCCACACAGCACUAUAAGGUUUUGAGAUACUUGUUCAUUGAGGUUACUAGGGCUAAGCAAUACAGCUUAGAUAAGAAUGUUCCUCCUGAAUUACGAAAUUUGCUAGUUGAUGCUGUACUUUUCCCAGGAUUCGAAAAAGUUUCCAUCUUGCCUAUAGCUUGCAACAUCUUGACCAAUGAUCCUUUGCUCAGUGUGUUUAUAAACCCUAGAUUCCCACCGUUACCUAAACAAAUCACGUCUCAAGAACCGCUUGAAGAGGACUUUGAAGAUGAAGACGAAGAUGAAAGCAGAAAUGAAAAUGAAAACGCAAAUGAGCACAAAUAUGAAGACGAUAAGAAGAACCGUCAACAUAAUGUGACAGAUAUCAACGAAGGAUACAAAGAAGGUAUUGAAGAAGUUAAAAAUGAAGACUCAAUGGGUUCAAUACAGAAAAACAAUAUGAAUCAACCACUCACAAAACGUAGAAGGAUAGAAGAUGAUAUCGCAACUGAGAAGCUUGUUUUUAAUAUUGAAUCUGGUCCAGAGAAUCCUACAGAUUCUGCAGUCUGUGUCAUUUCUGAGGAGACAAAUAUUUCCAAUACAUCACCUUUGUCACGUCCAUCUUCUGAGGAACCUGAGCUCCAACCCGACACCUUAAUAGAAAAUAGCGCCCCCAAAUCCACUUUUCAAGCCGUAAAUACAGCUGUCUUGAACCAGGAUUCUGGUUCAGAGUCUGAUUUUGAAAUGCCUACCAUUGAUGUUGGUGAUGACGACUCUGAUGAGGAGUAA